UACGCAACAACAGGAAGUGCUGGUUGAACAAGCUGAGCUAGCUAGCUAGUUUUAGUGAGGUAGGUUAGCUUGACAUUUAACGAAGUAGUCAAAAUGGGGCUGUUCGGCAGAACAGCGGAUAAACCACCGAAGGAUCUGAUCAAUGAGUGGUCUCAGAAGAUCAGGAGGGAAAUGAGAGUGAUCGACAGACAAAUAAGAGAUAUUCAAAGAGAAGAAGAAAAAGUUAAAAGGUCCAUCAAAGACGCUGCCAAAAAGGGCCAAAAGGAUGUGUGUGUGAUUCUUGCAAAGGAGAUGAUUCAGUCAAAAAGAGCCGUCUCCAAACUUUACGCUUCAAAAGCACACAUGAACUCUGUGCAGCUCAGCAUGAAGAAUCAGCUUUCUGUACUGCGUGUAGCGGGAGCCCUGCAGAAGAGCACAGAGGUCAUGAAAGCCAUGCAGAACCUUAUCAAGGUCCCAGAGAUCCAAGCCACCAUGAGGGAGCUAUCAAAGGAGAUGAUGAAGGCUGGCAUCAUUGAGGAAAUGCUUGAAGACACAUUUGAGAGCAUGGAAGAUGGAGAAGAGAUGGAGGAAGCGGCUGAGGAGGAAGUUGACAAGAUCCUCUUUGAAAUCACAGCAGGCGCCCUUGGUAAAGCACCGAGCAAAGUCACGGACGCCCUGCCUGAAAUGGAGCCUCAAGGAGCCACCGCAGCCUCAGAUGAGGAGUCAGAGGAAGAUAUUGAAGCGAUGCAGUCGAGAUUGGCAGCUCUUAGGAGCUAAGGUGAACUUCCACUGUUCUGUCAAAGUGUGUUUGCUCACCCAAUCUAAGGACAAAGACAAUUUUUGGUGAGGAGUUUACAGCUCUGAGCAUCCUCUCUCUUUUCUUCAUAUUACAAUUGUUUCGCAUAAUCAUUUGGGGUUAACUUUGUUCUAUGACAGUAAUUGUCUUGGGGGGGGGAAGUUUUUUAUAGAACUCAGCCAGAAGAAAAAAUACUUUGUUUUGUUUUGCUUUUUGUCUUUUAUUAUCAGGGGUAACCCUAGGUAAGUCUAUUAUCCAAAGUCAAACAGAAGGGGUAAGAAAGUGUAUAUAUAUGUAUGUAUGUAUGAAAAGCCUGCUGUGCCUACAGUGCUUCAUCAUAUUCUUCUUCUGUCCUAAGUUAUGGACUGCUGGUGGACGUACUUGGGUGUUUAUGUUCCAAACAAGUGAUUGAUUAAAUCCAUCCUGCAGAAAUGUUCAGUGCAGAUCACAUCAUCCUAGAUCAUUAUUCAGCAGUAGUUCUGAUCUGUUAGGAUACCAGUAAUUAGCCUAAAACACUAGAGGUGACUGGAUGGAUUUUUCUUUUUGAUAGUUCAUUUUCUGUACAGUCAAGAUGUAUCUCUACUAAAUGUAGUCCUUCAUGUAAAGUACACUCAACAGAAAAAUGCACGCAUACUGCCCUAACCCAUUAUUUUAUUUUUAUUUUUAGCAUUAACAUUCAGCUUGUUUAAUAUUUUGACUUUGUAUCAUGAUUGAUUUCCUUCUCAGCAGGAAGAUGCAAAGGCAAUGGAAAGCUUGGUUAGUGCAGGACCUAUGUAUUGUGCAAGUAUGUGUAUAAUUUUUCUAUGUGAGUGGGGACAAAAAUAAGAAAAUAAACUUUUAAGAACAAAGGUGG